UAUAUUGUACAAAUUUUGAGAAAUAAAAUAGUAAAUUGAAAAUAUGAUAAGUAAAAAGGAUAUGAAAUAUUUAAUAGCCUUUGGAAGCAUAAAAUAAUUAGGCAAUGCAGGCCUUAAACCAAAGAAAAUUGUGCAGUUUUGUUGGGGUGGAAUGACAGAUAAAGAAUAAAUAAAAAAUAAGAGAAGUAAAUAAGGAACAAAUAUAUAACAAGGUAGAGUUGCGCAGGAGGUGGUGGGAGCAGGGUUUCAACUGAGGUGCAGUGUUAAAAUAAACGGAAGUGUCUACGGUGCACCGAAGGAAAAUAUGGGCUUCAUAUGAAUUUGUUUUUGCAUCGCGCAAUCGACCUGAGGAUAGAUAAAUGCAAAUCCUACAACUGUCUAAAAGCGAAGUGAACAAAAAGUCAAGUCUGAAAAAUUUUCAGUUGUUCUGCUGACGCGGCUAAGCAGCGUUUGAAUAAAGUGCAAUCAAUGCAAUUACUGACUACGGAAUUUCGCGUUGAAAAAGUGCACUAAAAUCGCUAUACUAGUAAAAAUAAAGCAGUAACAUAAGAGCAUCGCAAAAAAGGCCUCAAAAUGGAGAACAAUGAAGACGAAAUGCGCCGACGUCUGCGUCACGAAAUUGAAGUUCCAGCCUAUCAUCAUGAAAUGGAAAUCAACAGCGAUGGUCCUGCCUCUUAUGGUUUGGUGUACGAUCGCGGCGAACGCACCUCUACGUUAGGCCUUUCAAUUGAACAGAAUCCUUUAACAUUCUAUAUGAGUACUCCAGCUGAUUCUGCAGCUGCGACCGCCGCUGUGGCGAACUAUCACAACAUACACAGUUAUCCUUCUGCGGUACUCAGUCCAGCUACACCUCCUAACUCAACGACGCACUUGGAAGGUGCUGCCACAACGCUGGCAUACGAUGCAGAUGCAAAUAUUUCUCCGCCCUCAGCUUCAGCUCAACCAAUGGUUAAUGCUGCUAUUGGUGUUCAAAUGUAUUCUCCGGUGCGUCAUCAUGUGCAUCAUUACAACCAUGUACAUUCCCAUCGUCAUGCUUUGGCGCAUCGUCCACACCAUCAUGUGCAUUCUCAUAUGCUUCCACAUGUGCAACAGUCUCAGCACCAGCAUCAGCACCAUCAUCAUCAUAAUCAGCAUCAGCAUGCACACUCCACAUCUUCGUCUGCUAUACAAAUGGGCAGCGAGCGUUCCCCCGAACGUUUUGCCUAUGAUCCAUGCUUAGCACGUCGUGAUCCUUAUUUACUGUGCAACAAGUGCUUGCCGAACACAUGCCACUGUUCACACAGUAAUGUAGGCAGGCUCAACGCCUCGCCGUAUGAACCCGUACAUGGCGUGGAACAUGUUCACACAGCACUUCACGAGCAGCCCGAGCAAACCUUAAUGGCAGCCAAUGGUAUCACUCAACAACUGGCACGGGCUGAACAUAUGGAUAUUGGUGUUGUACCAAAUGGCGCCACUAGUUCCAGUGCUGUGCUGCACUUGCAAGACUCUGGAGAAACUAGCACUGUUGGUGCAGUGAACGAUGAGCACGAUUAUGCCAUGGGAAAUUAUUGGGCACCAACUGUACAAUCAAGCGAAGGAAUUAUACUAACGGCACCACCUGCAGCUGCUGCCGACACACAGAAAACUGACAUGAAAUGUAAAAAAAUGGUUGCCAAUUCUACGCAAAAUAACGAUGCGGCCGCAGCAAAUGGACCAAGUUUGGUUACGGAAGCCUAUGGCUCUGAACAUCCAAAGCAUUUGCAACGCGCCAACACAGUAUGCAAUCUACAUUAUACUGCAGUGUCUACUAUAACUAGUAGCGCAAUGGCAUCUGAUUCCUCUGCCAUAGCAGGUGGCAGCGCAUCUGUUGAUUCAUUAGAUGAUGAAAUGAUGGUUGCAUCAACUACGAAUCUACCAAAUUCGGGUGCAGCUGAGGAAGCUGAAGAAUCUACAGCUGUAAUUAGCAGGGCCAUGACUAGUAGACAGGCAUUGGCGGAGAACACAGCGGCAGUGGAUUUUGCUAACGAUGAGCCCAUUAAUUCCCUUCCAGAGUCAAACGAAGCUGUAGCGCAAACUGAUGGAACAUGUAAUACAUCACCAAUAUCGCUAAAUACUAGCGACGAGGUAACAUCAGCAUCGGAUACGGAACGCGCUCAUUUUGCCGACACGUGCACCACAAACACAACUACAACUACAUAUGCGGCAAAGAAACAGAGUAAGCCCACGAAUGUUGUGGGCUCAAGUGGUGGUAAUGGAAGCAAUGGUAGCGGUAGUGGCAGCGUUAGUGGUAGUGGCAGUGCCGGUGGUGGCGGUGGAGUGUGUGGCAGGAGUAGCGUCGGUAGUUCGAUCAGCAAUCGCGGCUCGGUCGGCAAUAUAGACGACUUGGCUGAUAUGGAGCCCAUGCCUAGUUUCAGUGGGGCAUCAAACAAUAAUUGCGUUACUCCCACCAGCUGCAAUGACGAUGCACAUUCAUCAACAAGUUUUCGCACCCUUGACAGCUCUGCGUUUUCCUUAUUCAAUGGUGAGCACAGCCGCUUACCAAAUCAGACUGAUGAUGAUGCCGGCGAUGAUGAUGAUGACGAGAUCAUCUGGAAUCUUCAUAAGCCAAGAGGGGUUCAUGGCAAUACUAAUAACACAGGCGUUGCACAACAUGAAAGACCUAAUCCCCAUGAAUUUCUACGUUGGCGUGAGCGCGAGCGUCGACGCAUUCAUGAACGUGAACAGCAGCAGUACAGGCGGGGCGGAGUCACGAGCAAUCUGGCUUGGCUGCGUGAGUGUCGUGCAAACAGCAGGGAUAGGCUGGAUGUCUAUUCACCAGAGCGACCAAGCAGCAGCCGUAUGACAGACGCCACACCGAGGGCAGCAAAGAUGGCACGCAUAAACAGUAGUGGCUUAAGGGGCCAACCUGGUAGUAGAAGUGGUGUAGCAGAUGAACAUAGUGGCAGCAACAGCUGUGACUCUGCCGAAAUACGCACCGCGCGCCGCAAAAUCUGGCGCAUGCUUAACGUACACGAAUCCAGCGAAGUGGAUGAGGUACCACAGCCGAUGUCUUCGGUACAUCUGCCAGAGACCAUAAGGCAUCUAACAUCACCCGGCAGUACAGCGGCUACCGAUAGUGGCGUAGCAAUAGAGCAGGGUCCUUAUGUAAUCACUUAUGCUGGCCAUAGUCAUGCCCAUUCGACAGAUAACAGUGUAGUACUGCUGGAAGAUAGUGAUUUGGACGAAAACCCACAUGUUUAUGGCGCAGGAUACGCCAUGCCAGCUCCAUCUGAUCCUGGCGAAGUAGGGGCAACAGUGACAGUGCCCACAGAGGGCGCUGCAGUGCCAUCGCCGUCGACAAUGCUACCUUACAUAGACGACGAACAGCCAACUUAUUCGGGUGCUGUAGGUGCCUCGUCAGCGGAAGUUUCUAAAUCCGCCGGAGGAGCUACACCAGCCAAUACGUCUGCAACAAUAGCACGAAACCAGUCGUCCAUAGACGUGUCAAGUAAUGGUGCUGGAGCAGCAGCGGUGUUAACAGCGCCUGAUUUGCAAUUAGACUGGCUAUCAGAUUCGACGGGCGACGACGAUGACGUCGUUUUUGUGCAUUCCACGCGUGAACCAAUACUUUCUAUUGAUCUAACCAACGACGAAGAUACACUUGUUCCAGCUACAAUUGCAAGUGACGAUGGUGGAGCAGCAGCAGUUGUGAAUGAAACUCCAAUUGAAGCAGUAGAUGGGGCACAGCCCAGUUACUUACGCACUGGUGUAGUUGCCGAUGGAACAGCCACAGGUCCACUGCUACAUCCUUACGCGGUUGUACCGCCAGGCUAUCAGCAGUGGGAUACCGCUGGACCGAGCAAUCAACUACAUUCACUUUCUAAUAUAGAGCAGGAAGAAGUCAUAGCGCACUCCCAGCAUCCUCAUGACUGUAUGAUGCAUGGUGUUUAUCAACCGCAACAAGCCCACCAACCGCAACGUCAGCGUUUCUCUUCACUGUUGCGUGGCCGCUACUACAAGUACAUACCACGUCCAGCACCAAAUCCAUUUUACGAGCCUCAACAGGCUCACCAAUCACAGCAUCAGCGCUCGUAUUUAGAUGAGCUAGCGGCUCACGCUAUGUACCCGGAAAUGCGACGCCUACGACGUUCACCACAGUUAAAUAUGGCAACGGCUGCAGCGGCGAUGGGUCGUUCAGCGGUUCCUGUGCUACGUUCUGGAGCUACUGCGACAGCACCAGGAACAGACACUACCAUAAUUUCAAUACCCACCAUUGAAGAAGUCUCCUUGCAGGAUUUAUUUGGCGGACGAGUUCCAGCUGCUCACGCGUCAAUGCAUCAGAGUCGUAAUGAGGGAAAUAGCUUUCUCUUCCCGACGCGUCACGGCGGGGCAUCGCGCUACGCGAGAGGUAUUUCCGCUGGUGCUAUAAGCAAUGGCGUUGAUUCAGCUGAGAACGGAAGUGCUGCAACCGGUGGCAGCGGUGCCUACCCAAGUGAGGCAAAUAUCGAUAACAGCAACAACAGUAACAGCAGCCCACCGAUACCGCAAAUAGCGCCAUUUUACCUGCACUGUCGACGCGCCGACGAUGAAAUGCCACCACUACAGCGAAGUACUCUUCAUACUCAACAAGAACCUCCACUAAUCCCUUCAUGUUCGUUUAGUCGGAGUCGCUCUACAUUGGCCGGCGCGGCUGCUGCGGCUGCAGCUGCACAAGCAUUCGCACAAGCUGCCACUGUUAAUGCUGAUCACAUACGCGGCGUCUCGCCAGCAGCUCCAGCCUAUGUUUCGGCAGCCGCGGCGGCUACAGGUCCACCGCCAGGACCAACCUCAGAGACAUCCUCCCAGCUCGCUGCUGCUGUUCAUCCAAAUGGAGGUAGCAGUGGUGGUGGUGUGGGCGACGAACGUGUUGGUGGUAUGAUAUCCUAUCCGUCAUUUGCGGUAAAUGCUCGUUCCCGAGUACCAUUUUCUCCGCUGAUGGGUCGUCACCAGCAUGGCGGCAGUACCAGCGGUGGCAGUGCUAGCAGCUCUAGCCACCAUAGUGGAGUCCAUCAUGCUGGUGCGGCGCCGCCAUAUCCGGUGCAUCAAAACCUCUGGUAUCGCCAACAACACAUUCAAGAAAUACAUCGCCGCCAUAUGACGCCUACACCUAUUGAUCUUUCCUCGAAUCCACUUAAUUUGACAAACAGUUUCCGCUGGCGAUCGCAAUUGCCCAAUACCUGUUCCUGUGUGCAUGCCAGCAAUGGUCCGGUAUCUAGUUUGGACCCGGCUUACUAUCCAUAUGAAGCACAACAACGUCGUCGUUCAGCCGUGCACCACCACAUGUUUCAUCACUACUCACCGGUGCAUCUGGAAAUCGGCCUGUCUACACCGCUAUCACACAUUGGACCACACAUUUUGAUUGGCUCAGCAAUAAGGCCAAAUCGUGGCGCCACUUUGGAAAUUAUUGAGCGGAAUACACUGCCACAUAAAUACAAACGCCUACGCCGCCCUAGCGAGUCGGAUGAAGAUGCUGAGAAGUGUGCCAUAUGUUUGUCGUUAUUCGAGAUUGAAAAUGAUGUGCGCCGCUUGCCUUGCAUGCACCUCUUCCACACCGAUUGUGUCGAUCAAUGGCUGGUCACGAAUAAACAUUGUCCGAUUUGUCGUGUGGACAUUGAGACACAUUUAACCAAAGAUGCGACCACCACCAGUGCUUUAUGACACUCAUCCACAACGGGACUGCUCAUGUAAAGUGAGGAGAAGUGAGAGGUAGAGGAGAGAGAAUAGAACUAAAAAUCUGCAGCGUUCAGAAAGGAAAAUAAACAUAUAAAACGUUAGCAGUUGCCGUACAACUAAAAGUUGGUUGUCAUGAAAAGUUUUUUAAAUAGCAAAACAAUAUGAAAAUAUAUUUAUAUUAUUGUAAACAUAAUAAUGCAUGUGAAAAAAAUGAAUUAUUGCUGGCGUCAAUGUUUGCUGUAAGCUUUAUUUAUUUUAUCAUUGUAAAUACUAUAUGUAUAUAUAUUUUCUCAUCUUAGGUAUUAUUUUUAUAAGUAUUUUCGUGAGUUUUUCCUUUUUUUUGGUUUGGUUAAUUCUGUUUGUGUUGUAAGCUACAUGAUAUGUUAUAAAAAUGUAAUUGCCAAGCACAAAUAGUGUGAAAAUAAUAAAUAAUACAUUCACAUUUAAAGAAUUCAAAUGAUAAAUAAUAAAAUCUAUUUAAAGAGUGCAAAUAAUAAAAUAUCAUUAAGUGGGUCUUGGCGUUAGAUUAGCCAAGUUUGAGCAAUAAAGUGGCUUUUGUUAAUUAAAAACAAGCUGAGAAAAUGUUAUUGUAUUUUAAACCUGUUCUAAAUAGCUGAUAAAUGAACUUCCAAUUUAAUUCAUGUAAAAAUUGUUCAAGGAAGAAAGUAGAUUUAAAUAUGAAAUUUAUAGAAAACUCAAAAUAACUCACUUCUCUGCUUUAAAACAGCUAAUUUUUAUAAUGAAAAUUUAGAUAUCGAAGAAAUAUUAAAAAAAAUCCAAUAUUAAAUUCUUUUUUUUUUCAAAUAUAAGGGAUAACGUUUCAAUGAAAAAAUUUAUAUAAUUUAGUUUUUUUUUUAAUAAAAAAAAAUGGAAAGUUCCACUCCUUUCGCUUGCUUUUUUCCAAUUUAUUUAGUAUUUAUUAUUAUUUGCACUUUUUGUGAUAUGUCAAUUUUUUACAUAUUAAUUCCUUUUUGCCCUUUUUCUAAGCAUUAUUUUCUCAAAACCGCAAAUUGUUAUUAAAAUUAUUACCUAGUGGUGUUUUGUAUUCAUAUUUUUAUUAUUUAAUGUAAAUAUUAUGUGAGGUUUAUUAUAAAUUUUAGAAUAUUAGCUUGAUACUAAUACUAUGAAAAUUUGCAGGGUGGUGACGGACUAACCCAAACCUAAAACCUAUCAUUCUUAAUUUUCUAAAACAGAAAAAUAAAAUUUGUUUUGUUUUUCUUGUAACAGUAGGCCUCUUCUAUUCGCCUCUUCUCUGCUCGAUUAAUUUGACGAAAAAUUUGCAUGUGAAAGCAACAACAAAGUUAUCGAGUAAGAUUCGAUAGUGCACUGGCCAUUUGCUAACGCUUGGCGAAAAGAAGACAUGUAAUUUUGGGCAGCUCUAUUCCAGCGCUGCCAAGAUAUGUUCAUUAAUACCAGCUGCUUCAUCUAUUCGUCACUUGCUAACGCUUGGCGAAAAGAAAAGGCCUAGCAUAAAACAUGUCCCAACAUGUUUUGGGUACACUUCUGCAAACAGUGCUUGAAAGAAUAUAUUAAAUCUGCGUGGCUUCGGAAGCACAUACCCAAUUAUAAUGGCUCUAGUUUUUUAUAAAUUUAUUUUUAUUAUAAACUAUGCCACUGAAAUAAUAAAUAUCUUCAUAUGCUUACUAUGCAUAAGAAAAAAAUCCAAAAUAUUCUUAAUUAGUCCGUCACAAUAGCAAUAUGCCGCAAAGCGAAUGCCAAUCAAUUCUGUAUGUGUUAUUAUGGAAAAAGAAAAACGAAAACGAAAACAAAAAAACAAUAAACAAUAAAAAGCUAAAAGGUAUUCGCAAUUUCUUGCAGUAAGGGCGUUUUGUCAAUGUGUUAUAUUAUUGCCAACUGCUAGUGAAUUAUAUAUAUAAAGAAUGUAAUUAUAAAAUGCAACAAAUUUUGUCUAAGUAUUAAACUAUAAUAUAAAAUAGAUUGCAAUAUACAAUAUCAUAAUAUCAUAAACUCAAAUUUGUUGUUGCUGAAGCAAAUUAAGACUUCUCCAAUGAUAGUCAUUAGCCGGAUAUGAAUUCGGGUAUGUCGAGAAAAUCAGUUGUUAAAAUAAAAAGAUUGUAAACCUGAGUUAUUAUUAAUUUUAGAUAGCUAAGAAGCACUCCAUGGUAUCUCAAAUUAUUUAUUAUAAAAACAAAAAAAAAAUUAAAUAUUAAAAAAAUGUGUAUUAUAAAUGCCUUUAAAACAAUAUACAUUGCAGUGUAUUAUAGUGGAAAGGGAAUAUUGUAUUCACAGCACUUGUAACAAGAACAAAAAAAAACACACACACCACACAGGCAUAAACUUGUAACUAGAACACUUACUACGUAGCCAUCAAUUAUGAAUAACGAUUUGGCACUAAAUACAUACAUACAUAUGGAGAAUAUAAUUUUUAGAUAUGUGAACAAAUUGCGCUUCUUUCUACUUUUAGGCUGUUCUCAGUCACAUGUAUUCGCCUCAGUCUCAAUAUCUAAGCUUUAGUUUGUACUUUCAAACAAAAAUAAUAAUAUUAAAUAAAAAAUCAUACUAGUAGUAACGCUGUGCCAUAGUGUAUUGUAUAUAAAGCCAAAAAGAUUGAAAAAACAAAAAUAAAAUAAAAACUAAACCUACCACUGUAUGUGAAGGCAAACCACUCCCAUAUAUGUACACAUACACACACAAAAGCCGCAGUCAUUAAUCAGAUUCGAAUCACCUCAAAUCACUCAGCAAUUUGUACGAAAAAGUUCCUCCAAGCGAAUUGCAAAAACAAUUAAAUCAUUGUACAUUUUUUAUACACCAUUUCUACGUUAAAAUAUUUAAAAUUACGAAGCAUAGGUACAUACAUACAGAUAUGCAUAUAAUGUUUAUGUAUGACAAUUAAAAAUUAUUGUCAUACACAUUUAGAAUAUAUACUUACAUGCCUGCAUGCAUAUGUACAUGCACACAUAUUAAGUUAAGAAAUAUAAAACAUACUUACAUAUUAUUUAGAACAGUUAGUUGAUAAAAAAGUUUAAGUAUUUAAUUCAACUUGUGUAUACAGCAGCACACCAAUGUAUGUGUAUUUCAGUCUAUCUACACGGAUACAAACAACAAUGGAUAUGCGUACAUACAUACAUUAGGUUCUUCCAUUUGUAAUAAAAUGAAUGUAGAAAAUAUGAAAUAAUCAA